AUGAUCCCUCAAUUUGGGCUGCUUAAAAAGCGAUUCGACUUUGACGAAGAGAAGGACGUUCUGGGCUCCGGGAACUUCGGCACAGUCUACAGAGCCUUCGACUACAACACAAAGAGAAUGAUAGCAUUGAAGUUGAUGGAAAAAGGGAAGAGGUUGGAGACAAAUUGCAAAAGUAAGUUCUUUGGAUGGUUUUCUUUGGCUUUUAGACGGAAAAGGAAAAAUCUGGACAGUUUGCUUGUGUUUUAGGUAUUGCAAGCUGCGCCAAGAGCCCGUGCUGCUAUUCUAAGUCUGUUGAGACUUUAUUUUUUUGGUUAUCAACAUUUUCCGCCAAAAUUACAUUGUUUUAGGUAACAAAUUUUGUAAUUUUGUUAGUAAACACGAAAUCCACAAAUUUCUGAAUCGAUUAUGUAAAUCCCAUGUUCAGAUUACUUCUUUUGUAAUUCUGGAUGUUUAAAUACUUUUGUUUCUUCUUUCCAGACGAGCACAAACUUCUCCAACAACUUCACCAUCCGUUUAUUAUACGGUUGAAUUGCGUCAUAGAUGAGGCGAAAUAUAUGGUCAUGGUGCUUGAAUUGGCAUGGGGAGGGAGUUUGGGAUCGGAGCUGAAAGAUCGAUCAGCUUUGCACAAGAGUUUGAAGAUGAAAUCAAGGGAAGAAAUAAAUGGAGAGAUGGAGAAGGUUUAUAUGGAUUUUGAUCGCUUAUCGAUGAUUUUUAUACAGGCAAGGGUACUUCUAUUGGAUAAAAGUGUCUUUGCGGUAACUCGAAAGCAAGUUGUUGUUAGCCUGAGGGGAUUUUGUGUUUUAUUUUUGGCUAAGAUGUUGUAAAAGAGCUGAGAGUAUACUUGAUAGUUCAUAUAACUAUCCGAAUUUGUUUUAAAAGUGCUCUUUGAUGCACAUAUUGCUAACAACCUAUUGUUUCAAUUUCAGAUAGUCUCGGCUGUUUCGUACAUCCAUUCCAAGGGGUUUAUUCAUCGAGACAUCAAACCCCAAAACAUUCUUUUUAUGGAUCGGGAUCAACGUUUUGUCAAGCUAGGAGAUUUUGGGACCUGUUGCCGACAAGAGGAUUCCAAAGCCAAGAAGCUGUUGAUAGGAACGCCAGCAUACAUGGCUCCGGAUGGGUUCUGUGGUAGGCUAUUUUAUACUUGAAUUUUUGAUGAGAAAAUGAAAUCAAAUAAAAUUAAAUUGGUGUGAUUUGUAAAAUACGUAAAAGUGGGCCUCGUCGGUAUGUGGUUUUUCAAAAUUAGGCCAAAUAUUAAAAAUUUUUUCUUUUUUAUAAGAUUUAUAAUCAAAAAUAAGCUAACAAUUGAAGAUUUCAGGUGAAAUAACUACGGCAUUCGACUGCUGGUCUCUUGGUAUUGUCCUCUACGAGAUGAUUGAGCUUCGGCCCCCGUUUGAAGGUGUCACCCACACAAAUUAUUGGAGAGUCGAGAAUUUACAUGUAAGUGAAAAGUAAAUGUAACUCUGAACAAGGUUAUAGGUAAAAUACGGUUUCUGUCAUUUUAAGAAAUAUUUUUUUUCAAUGGUGUACUUUGCAAUGGGUCGGAGUUAUACUACACUAGGUCGAGUAUCUAAUGUUAAAAUUUCAGAUUGAAUAUCGACACUAUCGCGAAGAUACCCCCGAGCUAUUGAAGCAGCUUGUUUCCAGACUAGUCUGUGAAGCGGAAAACCGAUUAUUUAGUCAACGUAAGUGAAAUUUUUAUAUUAUACUAGAUGAAUUCCCUUAAUUCUUUGCCCACAAUUUUAAUAUUCGGCAAUUUGAUGCUGUAAUAUGAUAAUACCAUGAUUUCAGAAAUCCCUGAGCACCCAUACAUGCAACGUUUCGUAAAAGAACUUCAUCUUAUGACAAUCUGA